GCCUAAUAAGAGCUCAUGAUUUGGGCAAUAGGGGUCCAGAGGCUGUGGAAGUUAUAUCCAGCUGUGUGAGAUGGGAGAUUGGAAAAAAGGGAGAAAUAAUCAUAGGGAAAAUCGACCUUUUGUAUAAGUGAUGCAUGGAUUUUCUAGCUGUGUUUUCCUGUUUAUCAUCUGAGAACUCUUUUUAAGCAUUCUGUUUGCUAGUGCCGUGCCUAUAUAAAGGGAGCAGAGGUUAAUACGACCAUGAGAGAGGAGCUGUCUUGCCCUGAUUCCCCCGAGGGCGGGCCAACGACCAGCGAAGAGGAGCUGGAUCGCAUCCAGAAGAAGUGUGGCAGCAGGAAACGGGUGCCGUACGCCAAGAAGGAGACUGAAGAGAGGGGAGCGGGGAGCCCCCAGAGUUUGGUCCCUUCUGGGCCUAAGCGCCCUAAAAAGAGCCCACUGGUCCCGGGCCAGUCCUUCGAGGACCUGCACACCCAGCGCGUGAUUGCCAACGUGCGCGAGCGCCAGCGCACCCAGUCGCUGAAUGACGCCUUCGCCUCGCUGCGCAAGAUCAUCCCCACCCUGCCCUCGGACAAGCUCAGCAAGAUCCAGAUCCUGAAGCUGGCCUCCCGCUACAUUGACUUCCUCUACCAGGUGCUGCAGAGCGAUGAGAUGGACAGCAAGCUGGCCAGCUGCAACUACCUGGCCCACGAGCGGCUCAGCUAUGCCUUCUCCGUGUGGAGGAUGGAGGGAGCUUGGUCAAUGUCCGCCACCCACUAGUCCACUCCGCACCAGGUUCUGGUUAUUGGUAACUGGACCUUUCUCGUCAAUGACAGAGGCACAACAUAAAUGCAAAACUGUACAUAGUGCUGUACAGUAGUGGUUUUAAUGUAGUCUGGCACUGCAUUUCUAAUGUUUGCAAGUCUGCAACCUUCCCUCCUCCCCACUUGCCUCCACCUCAAACGAAUGACCAGUUAUCAGGUUGGAAGUGGCUUAACCCUCUUAGACUGAAACAUACCGUGACCCUAAAUAUUGAACCAUGAACCCCAAUCUCAGGAACUGCACUGAGGAUUUUGCAUCUAUGGAAAAAUUCCUGGACAAGCAAGAAGCGCAAUUUCUUCCCCCCACUACUGCAGUCAUGGUGGAGGGGUGAGAAAGGAAUCCCUUCUGAUGAGCCUCUCAUUCCAAAGAGCACUGUGGCAACUGGCCCAUGUCCUGGAAAGGAAGCACAGAAAGGCCAUGGAACCCACUUUGCGACAUUUUCUGAAAAAUUACAGAUUCAGUCACAGCUGAGCGACUUAAGAGUAAUCAGCCAUAAUAAUGGGAGAUUUUAUAUUGCUUUUAAACUUUCCAUGGAAAAAGAUGUAACUAUACAUCACUGUUUACAAAAAGAAUUUGUAAAGCCAAAGGUGCUGUUAAGCUAUUGAGAGAGGCAUCUUUACCUUUCAGACAACAUGAGGAGAGAGAACAUGUUAAAACACCAGCUUCAAGACAAGGCAGUGGCGCCGAAUUACAGACUGGAUUCCCACUGUGGUGUUCUGUUGCCUUGGCUAACCUGUGGAAUAAUAAGAAUAAAUAUUGCACAAAAAUGUAAAGUAUAUGAAUGAAAUGUUUAGUUGUAGCCAUGCAAUAUCCUGGGAGCUGGUAAACAAAAUGUCUUAAUGUGGCUUCAGACACCUGAUAGGAAUGACAGACAGUAUAUAAAUGUCACAUAGAACUAAAAGCAUGCCAUUAGAGACCAAGCCUGUACAUAACUUCAUACAUUCAAAAUAGUAGUAGGCUAGCAGGGUACAUAUUCAGUGUGUCAACUUCUGUCUUAGUGUACUCAGGAGAUGCAGAAGGAACUUGGAAUACUAGCUCCCUACAGGUUUCCUUUAGUUUCCAAUGGCAAACAUGCUGUCUGUAGUACCGUAGGCUUUGUGCUGUGUCUGUUGUCCCUGCACUCUGCUUGUGAUAAUAAAAUGUCACAUUUGCUUGCA